UACAAAUUAGUCUCAAAGCAGAAAUCCAAGUGAUAACUACACAGUUGUGCAAAGCGAAAAGUCAUUUUGUGCUAAAGCAAAUACUAAGAGAGCAGUAGCAAAGUUGUCAAGUGUGAAAACAGACAACAGAAAAUAAGAAAACAAAGCAAAACAAAAAAACUGUUUCGGCAAACAAUAAUUUUUUCGUGUAGAAAUCAAUAAAUUUGUGUUAAAGAAUCAAUAAAAAAUGGCCGAUGCUAACAAGAGGAAUAUCCCCAUCAAAUUGGGCGACUUCAGCAUUAUCGAUACAGAAUUCUCAAGCAUUCGUGAGCGUUUCGAUGCGGAAAUGCGUAAAAUGGAAGAGGAGAUGAACAAGUUCCGGCAUGAGUUGAUGUCGCGCGAGGCAAACUUCUUCGAGACCAGCAGUUCUACUAAAAAGACAACAACAAAAACCAGCAGCAGCAGCGCACAAAACUCUCUCUCCCGUCCAGCACCCAGACAGAACUACAUCUCCGACAUCAGCUCACCACUGAUUCAGGAGGAUGGCGAUAGCAAAAUGUUGAAGUUGCGUUUCGAUGUAAGCCAAUACGCCCCCGAAGAAAUCGUUGUCAAGACUGUGGAUCAGAAAUUGAUGGUGCACGCCAAACAUGAAGAGAAAUCGGACACGAAGAGCGUCUACAGGGAGUACAACCGUGAGUUCCUCUUGCCAAAGGGCGUCAAUCCGGAAUCCAUACGCUCGUCGCUCAGCAAGGAUGGCGUUUUGACUGUGGAAGCGCCACUGCCCGCCAUCACCGCCGGCGAAACCAUGAUUCCCAUUGCACAUAAGUAAAUUAAUCCAAACAUAAAAAAAAAACAAUAGAACAACAACAACAACGAAAUUAUUAUCAAACAACAACUGCCGCCAGCAAGCAAACAAGAACAAUUAUGCAAACAACAACAACAACUAGCAGCAAAGCGGUUACAACAGUUGUCAAUUAACGCGGUCCGAAUAUGUAGCUAAAAUGCAGCAGUAACAGCAACAACAAGGCUGCAGCAAAUUCUAAUUUUUUUUGGACAUUAAUUUUAACUACUUAAAAGAAAAAAAAAACAAAAAAUAUUAAUUAAUUUCCUUAUAAUUAAUUAUAAUUUUCGCUAAUUUUUACGUUAAUUUUUUGACUUUUGUUUAUCUAUUACUCUACGCCAGUAUGAUGGAAUUCGCAAAAAUUUAUAUUGAAGAUCUUAUAUAAUGUAUUAAAACGGAUGUUGAAAAGCAAAAAAAAAAACAACAAAAAACAAAAUGAAGUGAAAAACCAAAACAUUUUUUUGUAUUUAAAUUGAUAUUAAAUUACACUAUGAAACAAA